UCCAGUUUGCCCGAAAGCCACACGAAGAAGAAAGGUCAAAGUUGAUCUUGUCCAUGUGUUGGUCAGCGGUAGUUAGCUAGCUACUUGUAAAAGGGGUUCAUCUUGCAUUUUUGUGAUUGUACAAAUGUCGUAACUGGAUAAACUCCCGACUUUGUGCUAUAAGCAAGGCGUGUAUUUAAGGAUUGUUCGUGGAUCACUCACAUGAGCAAUGCAGAAAAUUCGAGCCUUGAUAGCAAGUCCACGAGUGUCGAGUUUCAAAAGCAACGGUUGGCUUUACAAGUGUGCAGGGAUAAGGUGGAUAAUGAGUGAAGAGUCAGGGAAUGUGCAGAACAAGCCACUGAAACGAGUGGAGGAGGGAAGUGGCGAGUUGGGUGAGCACAUCAGAAAGAAACUUAAGUCUGAUGUAGAACAGACUGGCGAUGAGAGGAAACACCCCAAAAGAAAAGUGGUCCUGCUUUUGGCGUAUUCAGGCAAAGGUUACUACGGUAUGCAGAGAAAUGCUGGAUCUUCCCAGUUCAAAACCAUUGAGGAUGAGCUGGUUACAGCACUGAUUAAGUCUGGGUGCAUCCCAGACAACCAUGGAGAUGAUAUGAAAAAAAUGUCAUUCCAAAGAUGUGCAAGAACGGACAAGGGUGUUUCUGCAGCAGGUCAAGUGGUCUCUCUAAAACUAUGGAUGAUUGAAGACAUAAAGGAAAAGCUCAACUCCAAUCUUCCACCACAGAUCCGAGUGCUGGGUCUGAAACGAGUGACUGGGGGCUUCAAUUCUAAAAACAGCUGUGAUGCCCGCACAUACUCCUACAUGCUCCCCACUGUGGCCUUCGCCCCAAAAGACUAUAGCACUGAGAAUUCUAUUGCAUUCCGCCUGGAGCCAGAGACACUGCAGAGAGUAAAUUGUCUGUUUGGCAGCUACAAGGGCACUCAUAACUUUCACAACUUCACCUCCCAGAAGGCCGCGCGGGACCCCAGCGCCCGCCGUUACAUCACAGAGAUGACCUGUGGCGAGCCCUUUGUGCGUGGCGGCGCUGAGUUUGCUGAGAUUACCGUGCGUGGCCAGAGCUUCAUGAUGCAUCAAAUCCGGAAAAUGAUUGGCCUGGUGAUAGCUGUGGUGAAGGGUUAUUCUGGGGAUGAGGUGUUCAAGCGAAGCUGGGGUGAGGAGAAGGUGGAUGUACCCAAGGCCCCUGGGCUGGGCCUGGUGCUCGAGAAGGUGCACUUUGACAGGUACAACAAGCGCUUCGGCGGGGACGGCCUCCAUGAGUGCCUGGAGUGGACUGAAGAGGAGCAGGCUAUCUUGGCCUUCAAGGAGGAACACAUCUACCCCAGCAUUGUGGAGACGGAGUGCCAGGAAGGGUCCAUGGCCAGCUGGAUGGCCACACUGCCCAUACACGACUUUAUGGCCACUGCAAAAGGGGCUCAGGAUAAGGACAGGGGGCAGGAUGAUGAGGAUGAGGGUAAUGGUUCAGAUUCUGCACUUUGAAGUCUCCAGCAAGUAGAAAGACACCCUUUGCUGUAUCUCUCAAGAAUGAGCUUUUGUUUUGCUAUGGAAAUGCAUUGUCAAUAAUGCCACUGAUUUUAAAUUCAUACGUUUGAAUAAACAUUUUGUUCUUUAAUUUAAA